AUGAGGAUCUACAGGGCAAAGACGAUACACAUCCCGCGAGAUCAGAACCUCACUGAGCUCCUGCACUCGUCCGCGAACCCGGACCUCCCGGAGUCGCAUCUCAUUUCCAAGGACAGCCUCUCAAAUCGCAGCAUCACCAUUGGCGAGCUGCGCGAACGCGCCGGCCGCAUCGCAAAGGGCUUGCACGAUGAGUUCCACCCGGUUGACCAGGCGCGCUGGGCCAUCGCCCUGCCCAACAGCGUCGAGUACCUCGAGAUGUUCCAGGCCAUCCUCUGGACCGGCGGCGUCGGCUGCCCCAUCAACCACGCCCUCAAAGCCUCAGAAAUCGGACACGGCCUGGCUGUCUCUCAGCCGCACUACAUCGUGACGUGGGGUCCGGCCGUCCCCGCCAUCCUAGAGGCCGUCGACGUCGCGGCGAAAGACCUAGAGGCUGCAGGGGUCAAGUGGGCGCGGCCGCCGAUCGUCACGGUGGUCGAGCGGAGGCCCGGCUUCAAGCACAUCCCCGACGACAUCUACGGCGCAGAACGCCUGCCCAUUCCUCACUACCCCGACACCACGAAGCGCCUCGCCUCAAUACACCUGUCCUCAGGCACCACGGGCAAGCCCAAGGGCGUCGAGCUGACGCACCACAACUUUGUCGCAAACUGCCACCAGCUGGUCGCGCAUGAUCCCGUGCAGUUCGGCCCGGCCAGCAGGACGGUCGCCUUCACGCCCUGGGCGCACAUCGCCAUGACGACGGGGCCCCUGUUCCUGGGCCCCUACACGGGCAUGUUCCACCACGCCAUGCCCGCCUACAACUUUGACAAGUUCGCCGAGCAGGCCGUCUCCAACCAGCAGACCAACUUCCAGGGCGUGCCCAGCGUGCUGCUGCAGAUGCUCAACUCUGACAAGAUCCCGUCCAAGUACAACUUUUCGGCCGCCAAGUGGAUCAUGGUCGGCGGCGCGCCGCUCAAGCAGGACCAGGUCGCCAAGCUGAUGAGCAAGGCGCCCUGGAAGAUGCGGCAGUGCUACGGCAUGACCGAGGCGGCGGGCUACGUGGCCUUCCAGCGGGCGGACGAGGAGCUGCCCGACGGCGUCGCGGGCCAGCUGCUGCCCAACAUCGAGGCCGUGCUCAAGAAGGAGGGCGGCACCGAGGACGUGCCCCUCGGCGGCGCCGGCGAGCUGUGGCUGCGCGGGCCCAACAUCACGCGGGGCUACGCCUUCAACCCGGAGGCCAACAGGUCGGCCUUCCCCAUGGAGGGCUGGUACAACACGGGCGACGUGUGCAAGAUCGACGAGCAGGGGCGCGUCAGCAUCGUCGGCCGGACCAAGGAGCUCAUCAAGUACAAGGGCUUCCAGGUCGCGCCCGCCGAGCUCGAGGGCUACCUCAACUCGCACCCGCACGUGGCCGAGGGCGGCGUGGGCGCCACUUGGGACGAGAGCCAGCUCACCGAGCUGCCCACGGCCUGGGUCGUGCUCAAGGACCACAUCCAGGGCGAGGAGGAGACCAGGAAGGCGCUCAAGGACAUCCACGAAAACGUCGACGCGCAGGUCAGCGGCUACAAGAAGCUCAGGGGCGGCGUGUGGCACAUCCCCGCGCUGCCCAAGAACCCGACGGGCAAGAUCCUGAGGAAAAAGAUGCAGGAGAUGAGGGACGGCCUCACGUCACUGGAGAACAAGAUCCUCUCCAAGCUGUAA